CACAUCUGAACAGUCAACCUCUCUGCCUAUGCAGUCACGGGCCUUAAUACAGACAUAUGUAUGUAGUUGUAGAAGCAAAGAAUCCGAUGUUUUGUGUGGCGCCUCUGGUAGUAUUACGAAUUAGAUUCGCAGUGAUCCCUUUCGGCUAUGCUGGCUGUCAGAUGUUGCCCCUGAUCUGGACCGCGGAACGAUUCCGUUGUGCUUCUUACGUAACCAUGUCUGCAAUCCUUCAGAUGUAAUUCCGUGAUUAGUAGAUGUUCAUGAGUAAACGUGUGUAUGCAUUUGAAAUAAGACUGCAUUCGUGGUAUAUAUGGGUGAAGUUCAAGACGUAGUUGUCACGUACCCGCAAUUCACUACUUCAAAUCUAUUUUCUGCCAGCACAAAUGGACUUCACUCUCGAGCGCACAGUUCUGUUUCUGCUUGGAGAAUCUUACAGGUUGCGCAAUAUGAUACAACACGUUGAGCAUAUGGAUACCGACGAACGAUUGAAACUUCUUCGAAACCUACUUUGCAUACGAUCCCCGGACUAUCCUCUACCACAGGAUAUCUGCCGGGACAUCAACCAGAUAUUAGCUUACGAGAGUGAUCAUCGAACUCUCGUGUCUGCUGAUUCUAUUCCCACGUUUGCAACCGUAAGAGCACCGCCAUCACAAAAUCCGCCAGUCAAGAUCAAACUUUGGAAAGGAGACAUAACAUGCUUGAGGAACGUCACAGCUAUCACAAAUGCUGCAAACUCACGAAUGUUAGGAUGUUUUCAGCCAACCCACCAAUGCAUCGAUAAUGUUAUACAUACGCGAGCUGGACCACAACUACGACAAGAAUGCAAGGAUAUUAUGGAUGCUAGGGGCCGCGAUCUCCCAGUGGGUCAUGCAGUAACGACCAAAGCCUAUUGUUUGCCUAGCAAAUAUGUGAUACACACAGUAGGCCCUCAGCUCGAACGAGGCGCUGAACCUACAUAUGUGGAAUGCGAAAAAUUGCAGCAGUGCUACAACUCUGUUCUCGACCAGAUCAAUCACCUUACCGAACCAGAAGAUGGGGUUGCAAAGUCAAUAGCAUUAUGUGGCAUCUCAACUGGUCUUUUCGCAUUCCCUCCAAGUAUAGCAGCAGAACUCGCGAUCCAAGCAGUAGCGUCAUGGAUCAACAUGCACCCGGAUACGACACUUACAGACAUUAUAUUCGUUGCUUUCACCGAGAAGGAUCAUGAGAUCUACACAGAUCGUCUCUUGAAGCCUCGACCAGGAUGGUUUAUCGAAAGGGAUGCUGCCAUCUCGCCUACCCUCGCCGUCUCAUGUGGGUCGCUCCAACAAGCGCGCGAUCAUAUUCUUGGAGCGGAUACCGUCAUAGUCACCGCUGGAGCAGGUCUGUCAGCCGCCAUAGGCCUUGACUAUACGUCAGAGAAACUUUUCCAAGAGCGCUUUCCAACGUUCCUUCAAUACGGAUUCGAUUGUCUAUACAGCGUUUUCGGUUUCACAGACUGGCCUUCCGAAGACGUCCGCUGGAGCUAUUUCUUCACACAUCUGGAAAUGAUACGAAAUUGGCCAAAAUCAGAACUAUACGCUGAACUCACCGAGUGGCUGCGACAUUUCAAGGGCCAAACACAUGUGCGCACCUCAAAUGCAGACGGUUUGUUUGUAGCAAACGGAUGGAAUCAACAAGAUAUCUCUACACCGCAAGGUCAAUACGCUGUCCUCCAAUGCGCAGAAAACUGUACACCAGAUUCUUACUGGCCGACUUGUUCGUACUUGGCUAAAGCACGGGAAAGCAUGGAUCUCGAGACUCAACGCUUGACCGACAGCUCGGCCAUACCCGCAUGUAAAAAUUGCGGUGGUGACAUGUUCAUCUGUGUUCGCGCGGCCAAUUGGUUCAACAAGAACCCUUAUCGCAGUGGCGAAGCAACGUGGCGGCGAUUCCGUCAAAAGGCUUUAAACGGCGUAGGAAAAACAGUGAUUCUGGAGAUCGGAGUAGGAAUGAAUACGCCGGGUGUGAUUAGAAGACCCGAUGAAGAUCUGGUGAGAUAUGGGGGAGGUAAUGUUAGGCUGAUACGUCUGGGACUGGGAUCACAUGCUAGUGUGCCGUGGGACCUGGAGCAGCAAGGUUUGGCAACGUAUAUUGAUGGUGACAUCAAAUAUAGCUUGCCGAUGCUUCUAAGAAGUACCAUUAAUGAAAAUGCGAAGGGUGGAUAG